AUGGGCAGUUUGAUUCUGUUCCCCACAACCCGUUCUUUAACCCCCUCAUCUUCCCCUCACCCCUUCCUCGCCCCUACUGCUGCCACCGCUGCUGCAGCAACAGGUGUGGGGGAUCAAAUUGGCAGAAACGGGGCAAGAGUGACAAGAAGGGCGGGAAGGGGGGAGGUGGAGGCGGUGGAGGCGGCGGUGGAGGUGGCGGUGGAGGUAGGAGCGGCGGUGGUGGAGGCAGCGGCGGCGGCGGAGGUGCACCAGGCGGAGGGGGCCUUGGAGGAGGUGCAGGACAGACAGGCCGGCCCACUGGCGGUGGCCCGACCGUCAGCCAACUCUUCCCUCAACUCAUCUCCCUCCCUUCCACAUCGCUCCCUGCCAACCUACCAUACCUUCCUAUAA